AUAAUUGGACGAUACGAGUAGUAUAAACACUCAACCCAUUUCUUUAUAAGACGGAUCCAACCCAUUAAUAACUGUGGCGGGUCAUAGGGAUCCAAGGCGUCCAACCCAUUGAAUUGCUCUAUUGAAGCGCACUCAACGUUCUCCAUUGAAGCGCAGUUGCCGUUCUCCGUUGAAUCUAGUUUUUGUAUCCCCGAUUGAAGCAGCUUCUGAGGGUUCAACUAUGAAAUCAGAGCUGUUUUCCGCUCAUGUUAGGCAUGUCAGUGAGAAUGAUGGGGGAGAUAAGUAUAGGGAGAGGAGGAGAGGAAGUGAGAGGCGAGAGCGGGGGCAGGAGCAACCGCGGAGAUGGAUGGAGGAGGAAGGAGAUGGGAACAGGAAGAGACGGGAUGAAAGAGAAAGUAAUGAAUUUGGAGGGAGUGAUUCAGAGAAUUCUGAUAAAGAGCGGGAUAGGAAGAGAAGUGAGAGGCGAGAGGAACCGAAGAGAAGGGUGGAGGAGGAUGGAGAUGGAAAUAGGAAGAGAAGAGAUGAAAGAAAUAGGAAUGGACGUGGAGGGAGUGAUUUAGAGAGCUUUGAUGAAGAUAGGGAUAGGAAGAGAAGUGAGAGGCGAGAGGAACCGAAGAGGAGGGUGGAGGAGGAUGGAGAUGGAGUCAGAAAGAGAAGAGAUGAAAGAAAUAGGAAUGGACGUGGAGGGAGUGAUUUAGAGAGCUUUGAUGAAGAUAGGGAUAGGAAGAGAAGUGAGAGGCAAGAGCAGGAGCAGGAUCGACCCAGCAGAAGGGUGGAGGAGGAUGGAGAUGGAGAUAGGAAGAGAAGGGAUGGAAGAGAAAGGAGUGGGCAUGGAGGGAGUGAUUCAGAGGGUUCUGAUAAAGAGCAAGAUAGGAAGAGAAGUGAGAGGCGAGAGAGGGAGCAACCUAGGAAGAGAUCCGAUGUGGAAGAAGAUGGUGACGAGGAGAUUAUAAAGGAAAGAGAUAGCAGGGAGAAGAAUAGGAGCCUAGAGAAUGAUUCAGAAAGUUCUGGUGACGAGAGGAAUUGGAAGAGAAGUGUGAAACGAGAGCAAGAGAAGCCUAGGAAAAGGUUGGAUAAUGAUGAAGCUGGUGAUGGGAAGAGAAGUGAUGAUAAUGGACGUCAAGAGAAUGAUUCAGGGAAUUCUGACGAAGAGAGGGAUAGGAAGAAAAGUGAGAAACGAGAAAAGGAGCAACAUAGGAAGAGGUUGGAUGACAAAGAAAAAGAUGACAAGGAAAUAGUCAUUCAAGGCAGGCAUGGUAGAAGAAAGAAUGAAAGAAGCAGCAGGAUUGGGCGUCAAGGGAGUGACUCAGAAAGCUCUGGUGGGGAUAGACGACGGGAUGGGGAGAGACGCAGACGUGAAAGAGAGAGGAGAAGGCACCGAUAUGACUCGGAUGAUUCUUCGGAUUCUGAUGGGCGUAGAAAGAGGCAUAGCAUGCGGAGGAGUGAUCGAAGAGAGGAUAGGACUAGCAAACAAACCCAUGAUUUUGAGGAAGGGGAAAUAAGAUCUAGGAAGGAAAGGAAUGAGAAAGUGUUUGAGUCAAAGCAAGACGGCAGGAAUGUGAUUGGAGAAGAGCCUGCAAAACCACAAACACAGUCUACUGCAGCAAAUAUGAAUCCAGGUGGUGAUCUUAGUACCCUUGGCAGGACUGGAGGAGUUUACAUCCCACCAUUUAAGUUGGCUCGAAUGAUGAAGGAAAUUGAGGACAAAAGCAGUGUGGAAUAUCAGCGUUUGACAUGGGAUGCCCUUAGGAAGAGUAUCAAUGGUUUGGUAAACAAAGUGAAUGCCAUUAAUAUCAAGAACAUUAUUCCAGAAUUGCUUGGUGAGAAUCUGAUCAGGGGAAGGGGACUGUUUUGUCGAUCAUGCAUGAAGUCCCAAAUGGCAUCACCUGGUUUUACUGAUGUAUUUGCUGCUCUGGUUGCUGUGGUCAAUACCAAGUUCCCUGAAAUCGGGGAUCUUCUUUUAAGGAGGAUUAUUCUACAGCUAAAGAGAGCUUACAAGCGUAAUGAUAAGCCUCAACUGAUGGCUGCUGUUAAAUUCAUAGCUCAUCUUGUGAACCAGCAAGUUGCUCAUGAGCUUGUUGCUUUGGAAUUGCUCACCAUUCUGUUGGAGCAGCCUACUGAUGAUAGUGUUGAGGUUGCAGUUGAUUUUGUCAAAGAAUGUGGCUCCAUUCUUCAAGACCUUUGUCCCAAGGGUCUUCAUGGUAUUUUUGAACGUUUUCGAGGAAUUCUUCAUGAAGGAGAGAUUGACAAAAGGGUUCAGUUUCUGAUUGAAGGCCUAUUUGCCAUUAGAAAGGCUAAAUUCCAGGGGCAUCCAGCUGUGCGGCCGGAACUGGAUCUUGUGGACCCAGAAGAUCAGCUUACUCAUGAGAUGUCACUGGAAGACGAAAUAGAUCCUGAGACUGGUCUUGACAUUUUCAAACAAGACCCUAAUUUCGUGGAAAAUGAGAAAAAGUACGAAGAGUUGAAGAAAUCCAUACUAGGAGAUGAGUCAGAGGACGAUGAUGGAUCUGAUGCUGGGUCUGAUGAUGACGAGGACGAUGAAGAAGAGGAUGAAGACGAAGAAGAGCAGCAGAUGCAGAUAAAAGAUGAAACCGAAACCAACCUUAUAAAUCUUCGAAGAACUAUAUAUUUAACAAUAAUGUCCAGUGUAGAUUUUGAAGAAGCUGGCCACAAGCUGUUAAAAAUCAAACUUGAGCCUGGGCAAGAGAUGGAGUUGAAUAUAAUGUUACUGGAGUGCUGCAGCCAAGAGAGGACAUAUCUCAGAUAUUAUGGUCUUUUGGGCCAACGGUUUUGUAUGCUUAACAAAGUGUAUCAGGAAAAUUUUGACAGAUGCUUUGUUCAGCAAUACUCCAUGAUACAUCGACUUGAGACAAACAAAUUACGUAAUGUGGCCAAAUUCUUUGCUCAUUUGCUGGGCACUGAUGCUCUUCCUUGGCAUGUUUUAGCUUACAUUCGUCUGACUGAAGAGGACACAACUUCUUCAUCUCGUAUCUUCAUCAAAAUCCUUUUCCAGGAAUUGUCUGAGCACCUUGGUAUCCGGUUACUCAAUGAACGGCUAAAUGACCCAGCAAUGCAGGACUCCUUUGAUUCAAUUUUCCCUAAAGAUAAUCCCAGAAACACACGUUUUGCAAUCAACUUCUUCACAUCCAUUGGGCUUGGAGGAAUAACAGAGAACUUGAGAGAGUACCUGAAGAACAUGCCACGAUUGAUAAUGCAACAACAGAAUCCAGAGCCGGAAGUGCCAGAAGAUGAAUCUGAUUCUGGUUCUGGUUCCGAUUCCGGUUCUGGUUCAGGUUCAAGUUCAAGUUCAUCAGGCUCGGAGUCGUCCUCUGCUGAAUCUGAUUCUAGCUCCGACGCAAGUUCAUCAAGCUCAGACGAUGAUAGGCGUAAUAAAAGGAAGAAGAAUGACAGUGGUGGUGGUAGAUAUAGGAAACGGAGGAAGGGAGACUAGGAAACACAGUGAAACCUUCUCUUCCCUCUCAGGUCUUCUUGCAUCGGAGAAACAAGUUUUAUGUCUUUUCCUUAGUCUCCGUCAAAUGUAGGUGAUACUAUGUAAAAAUGGAAACAUAAUUUCUACUUGCAUAGCUGAUAAAUUUUAUUGAAGGUUUUGUAAUUGCUUGGUCCAAUUUGUCUCAAUUUUUUGUUGUUGAAA